AAGUUGAACAACAUGCAAACAACGUGUUUUUGAACAUUUUAAUGGAUCAAACACACCAGAGCUACCGAUUUGACACCUUCAAGAGUAGGACGCUUUCAUUAUGUACUAUGCCCGAUUCAUACUUCUCAAGGCCCGAAUAGAAAGGACAGUGUCCAAUUGAGGAUUUAAGUCGCCCGAAAAAGUAUUCACGGCGACCGAUAACGCUUUGACGACGCCCGAUUGGCUAGGUAAUCCCUGUAUGAUUUCCCGUCCGGCAAAAUGAGUGUAUUUUUUGAGUGAUUUGAGUACCGCCCUCCGUUCCACGCAAACAAUGAGACCCCAAAUUUUGAGUGAUUCAGGCCGAGGGGUAUGAGGAAGCUUGAGGAAGCAAGGAGAAACCGCGCUGCGAUGAGAGUUCGCAUUCUGUUUUACACGCGCGCUUCACUAACACAAAUACAAAUACCGUGCUUUGACGAGCCGUCUGUGAAUGUGAGUGUGUCUUCUUUCACCGAGCUCAACUUGGAGCUGCUCGUCACAUCGUGUUGUCUCGCUUACACUACAGCAUCGAACCAUCGCUCCGUAUGUCCCCCCCCCCCUCCUACGCGUACAAAACCACCAGUACAGCGCGACGCUUUGCCGGAGAUGGUUGUGCGUGUGUUGUUCUAUGUCCCGCGCGCAGUGUUUGUGCGUUGAUGCGCAUUUCGUCUAAGUCUCGUGCGCCGGUGUGUUUUGGUGAAGUGUGCAGUGAAUAAACAGUAUGCACAGACGCACAUGUAGUGCGUGGAUUGACAGGUAAGAAUUUACUAAACAGAGGCAUCGCAGAUUGUCGACAAGUUUUCCGCAGCCUGGCUCGACCCGGUAUGACGUCAUUCGUAAGUAUGAAGGAUUCUAAAUGUGUACUUUAGUGUGUACUUUAUGUUUCAAUAAAGUGUUGAAUGUAAUAAAAAAUGACCGUGUUUGUGUUUAGUUUUAGAAUAAGUGCAUGAAAGAAAGCGAAAAACAACAAGCUUUUGAUGUGUUGGAAGCAUGGCUCGAAAGAACACAAACACAUUGAGAACUGCAGAGCGCACCGUGCGUUACGGGUGGGGAGGGGGACCACGCAAACAAUGAGACCCCAAAUUUUGAGUGAUUCAUGCCGAGGGGUAUGAGGAAGCUUGAGGAAGCACGGAGAAGCGCGCUGCGAUGAGAGUUCGCAUUCUGUUUUACACGCGCGCUUCACUAACACCAAUACAAAUACCGUGCUUUGACGAGCCGUCUGUGAAUGUGUGUGUGUCUUCUUUCAGCGAGCUCAACUUGGAGCUGCUCGUCACAUCGUGUUGUCUCGCUUACACUACAGCAUCGAACCAUCGCUCCGUAUGUCCCCCCCUCCUACGCGUGCAAAACCACCAGUACAGCGCGACGCUUUGCCGGAGAUGGUUGUGCGUGUUUUGUUCAAAGUCCCGCGCGCAGUGUUUGUGCAUUGAUGCGCAUUUCGUUAUAAGUCUCGUGCGCCGGUGUGUUUUGGUGAAGUGUGCAGUGAAUAAACAGUGUGCACAGACGCACAUGCAGUGCGUGGAUCCACAGGUAAGAAUUUGCUGAACAGAGUCAACGCAGAUUGUCGACAAGUUUCCCGCAGCCUGGCUCGACCCGGUAUGACGUCAUUGGAUUCUAAAUGUGUACUUUAGUGUGUACUUUAUGUUUCAAUAAAGUGUUUAAUGUAAUAAAAAACGACAGUGUUUGUGUUUAGUUUUAGAAUAAGUGCAUGAAAGAAAACGAAAAACGAAAGAAACAACUAUCUUUACAUGUGUUGGUAGCAUGGCUCGAAAGAACACAAACACAUUGAGAACUGCUGAGCGCACCGUGCGUUACGGGUGGGGAGGGGGAGGGCUCGCGCGAGGGUGUAACUCAUUCGUCGAAGAGACACUGUAUUUCGACAGCGUCACUCAAAUCACUCAAAAAAUACACUCAUUUUGCCGGACGGGGAGGGCUCGCGCGAGGGUGUAACUCAUUCGUCGAAGAGACACUGUAUUUCGACAGCGUCACUCAAAUCACUCAAAAAAUACACUCAUUUUGCCGGACGGGUUAGCAGUUCCACGCAAACAAUGAGACUCCAAAAUUUGAGUGAUUCAUACAGAGGGGUAUGAGGAAGCUUGAGGAAGCUUGAGGAAGCAAGGAGAAACGCGCUGCGAUGAGAGUUCGCAUUCUGUUUUACACGCGCGCUUCACUAACACCAAUACAAAUACCGUGCUUUGACGAGCCGUCUGUGAAUGUGUGUGUCUUCUUUCAGCGAGCUCAACUUGGAACUGCUCGUCACAUCGUGUUGUCUCGCUUACACUACAGCAUCGAACCAUCGCUCCUUAUGUCCCCCCUCCUACGCGUACAAAACCACCAGUACAGCGCGACGCUUUGACGGAGAUGGUUGUGCGCGUUUUGUUCUAAGUCCCACGCGCAGUGUUUGUGCGUUGGUGCGCAUUUCGUUCAAAGUCUCGUGCGCCGGUGUGUUUUGAUAAAGUGUGAAGUGAACAGUGUGUACAGACGCAUAUGCAGUGCGGGCAUCGACAGGUAAGGAUCCAUUUAUUCACAGAUAUGUGUUUGCUGGAUGGAGGUCGUACUUAGCAGGACGACGACAUGAUGUGUGUUUUUGUCAGGUUCUAAAUGUGUGACGAAAGUUUACAUUAAGUUUCAAUAAAGUGUUUAAUGUAACCAAAAAUGACCGUGUUUGUGUUUGCUUUUAGAAUAAGUGCGCAUUUGCGAUCGUGUCUAUUCAUGAAAGAAAACGAGAAACGAAAGAAACAACUAUCUUUACAUGUGUUCGUAGCAUGGCUCGAAAGAACACAAACACAUUGAGAACUGCAGAGCGCACCGUGCGUUGCGGGUGGGGUGGGGGAGGGCUCGCGUGAGUGGGUAACUCAUUGGUCGAAGGGACACCCCGUCCGGCAAAAUGAGUGUAUUUUUUGAGUGAUUUGAGUACCGUCCCUCCCCCGCGGUGCAAAAUAUGAGAACCCCACUCACGGAUCUCAAAGUUGCAGUGUUUCUCCCUACCUCCGCGAUAUUUUUUACCCUUUUGGUCCAAGUUCUGCUUUGUCGCGCGAUUACAUUUGUUCUUACUCCAUGGUUUGCUUGGUUUUUUGUUAUUUUCUCGUGCGAACUCACUUUGUGCUGCUUCUUCUAGUCUUAGCUUGAUUCUUGUUCACGAAGAAGUUGUUUUCACCGUGUGUUUUGACAGUUUAAUUCUGUUCCAUUUUUCAAAGCGGUAAGUUCGGUUUGCUGCAUUCUCGUAUUUAUUAAUAAAGUAUACUUAAAUCUAUUUUAGAAUAAACCAUCAUGUCUAAGCGUUCGAAACAAACGGGAAAUUUUUAUAAGAAGAGGGCUCGGUUGAUGGAUGAGGUCGAAAGGAAUGUGGAUGCAUUAAACAUCACGCUUGAAACGGCUUCGACUUCUGUUUGGCCGGACCUUGGAGUGGAGAUAUUGAUCCUGAACCGGACAUAUUUACCAUCGAUGUUUCUAUCGACGGGCUUCCACUGUUUAGAAGUUCCCGUAAACAGCUUUGGCCAAUACAAAUAAGGGUGGUCGAAUUACCAAAAGUUCCACCAUUUGUCAUUGGAACUUAUGGAGGCCCGAAGAAACCCCAUAGUAUUGAAGAAUUUUUGAAUCCUUUGGUGAAGGAAAUAAACGAUCUCCAAAAAAGAGGCCUUCAGUUUAAGCAUAAGUUGGUGCCAAUGGUUCUUCGGGCUUUUAUUGCAGAUUCGCCGAUGCGGGCCACUUUGAAAGCUACAAUGAAUUUCAAUGCCAGAUAUGGAUGCUUGAAAUGCACAUGUGUUGGGACAACUAUUCAGGUUGGACCUAAUAAAAAAAAAAUUAUUUUAGAUUCCAUCGAUGCACCUCCACGCACGAACGUUGGAUUUAGGCAAAGAGAUGACAAAGCUCAUCAUAAAGAAUGGUGCAGUCCUUUGGAAGCCAUCGAUGACUUUGAUAUGGUCGAAGGAAUGCCAGUGUCCGACAGGUUGCAUUUAUUGGAUGAGGGAAUAUUUCAAAAAAUACUAGUAGGGUUUUUGAACAACACUUUCGAACUAUUAGGCCAUAUUUAUCCUCGUCAGAAGGAAGUAGUAUCUGCCUAUAUUAUCAAAAUUAAGCUUCCCUAUGAAAUACCUCGUAGAAUCCGGUCCCUUGAUGAAAUUGCGCAAUGGAAAGCUACUGAAUACCGCAUCUUCUUCCAUUAUUUAAGCGUAGUUAUACUAGAAGAUUUUUAUCAAUAUGAAGGUUCAUUUAACCAUUUUUUGAUGUUAUUUUCUGCGAUAACAAUAUUUUCUUCAAGGGCCCAUCAACAAUAUUGGUCUCUGGCAAAAAUAAUGUUGGACGAAUUCCUUAGACACUUUGGGAAAUAUUAUGGACGGUCUAACAUAACCAGCAAUGUUCAUAACCUUCAGCAUGUUGCUCAUGAAGUUGAAAAGCUUGGGCCUCUGGAUUUAUAUUCCGCAUACGAUUAUGAAAAUGAUUUAAGAUUUAUUAAGCAAGACGUAAAAUCAGGCACUAAUAUAGUUGAACAAGUAGCUGGUCGUCUAACCGAACGCAGUCAAGUAGUAAAAGCCAAAAACAUCGCGAAACUUAUAUACCCGAGACUUAGACCAAACGGCCGUUUCUUUAUUACCGAGGAUUUUUCCCUUCACACACAGUUCCAGAACCAAUGAUUUUUAACUGAAGAAAGGAAUAUUAUUAAAUUUGUAAAAGCAAAGAAAGAUGCUUGUGAUUCCUUUAUAAUUGUUGGCGAUUUAAUCGAAUCAUGUGAGGAACUUUUUAAUGUAGUGUCUGAUGAGGACAAUGUGAUAACAGAUAUACAUUUAUCAUCGACUGAAAUUUGUAUCUACAAAGUUAAGCUUAAUGUUCCUACAAUAAGGGUAGAGGUCCCCUGUACAUCUGUGCUAUGUAAGCUCGUUCCAAUUUUUAAACCAUCGCGGUCUUUAUUGCAAAUGCCUGUAAGGACAACACCCCAGCCAAAUUCAAUAGCUUUAUUUCCUUUGUUACACACGUUUAGGAACGCAUAAUAUGUAAAAUAGUUUAUUAAAAAUUAUUCAACAAAAAACAAGUCGUUUAUUUAUUUACUAAUCGUGAUUUUAACUUUAAUAAAUGACAUGAUUUUUAUUAAUUUAAAAUUUCAGUUAAAUAAAUAACUUUGGUUUUUGCGGCACCGCAUCGAACUCAAAAUAGAAAAGAGCUUAUGGGUACCAACUGUAAAAGUAAACGAACGAACAUGUUUUAAUAGUUCACGUAUAUUUAACUAAACAUUAUUUAUAGAGCCCAGGUCUAUUCCAUCUCUUAUAAAACUAAUAUGUUCCUAACAAAGUAAUAGUCAACAAUACUAAAAUAACUUAACUAGUUCGUUUGUUUUUUGUUUCGCUUGUGCGCUUUAUGCACUACGCUUUUAGUUAUUCCUCUUGUUAAGCUUGCACUUUUUGCAUUACUAAUUUUGUUUUUUAAGAAUUGCUCGACAUCUUAAGAAUUGCUCGACCCGUUUGAAGACAUUCAGAAUGUUUCGGUAUGCCACUAACGCUACCUUCUCCGAGCCAUUUCGCGAAACACCUCUCCAAUUGCACUGUACCACAAACUUACGACAGAACACAUUGUAAAAUUAUUCGUGAAUCCUUUGAAAUUUAUCUGUUGAUUGCAUUUGUGCUUUUAACCAGUUUUCUAACGCUUCUGCAUUAGAUGUUAAUGAAAGACUGGACUCUAAACUGUCCAGUUGUUGCUUGUUGGUAACGACCGCAGGAUGAAACAUCGGUCGCUGGACAGUGCUUUCUGUUUCCAGAUUAGUUUCGUUGCUUCUUUCCUUAAAUGCAUUCGUAUUUACAAUAUCCUUUAUUGCAACAGAAAUGCCAGCCACCACCGUGGUCAUUCGUGCCGUUUGCACAAGAUUUGCUUGUGUAGCAGAUUUGAUAAGCUGCAACUCCUGCAAAAUGUUUUCUCCAGGAUUGUUCGCCAUUUUGUUCUUGACUGUAACAUUACCAAAAUAUUAAAUGGAAAUAUUUUAACAAUUUGUGGUAACUACUUACUUUUGUGAACUAAAUUAUCGUUUAACUAAGCGUAUUGUAAUCGCAAAAUUUAAGCAGUCCACAAUCUGUUUCGGCGUACAUAAACAAGUGCAUUCACGUUUGAAUCUUCAACAUAGAAUGGAAAAGGUUUUGCAUGAAAAACAGUCAACCUUAUGUCAUAUAGAGGCUAAAAAUAAUUCAAGUGAAUAUUUUCUUGGAGAUUGUUAAAUUAUUUCGCCGUAAAGUUAUAAUUUAGAACAUAUAUUUAUUUCUGAUUUAAAUAUAAUUUAAAAUAAUGACGACAAUGCCCUUUUUCAAAUAGUUUUAGGCUUUAAAAAGAAAUAUAACACACAUACACCAUCAAUAAUAUUGACAUUAUGGCUGCUGUCACAAUUAUUGACCGACCCAAGGUGUUAUAAAUGACAAGGUGAAGUUGUUCAGAGCAAAAUGACAUUUCUCGACUUGACAUUUCUCUUCCGGGGGCUACGGUAUAAAAAUCGGGGAGGGCUGGUGCGGGGUAAUGAAAUUUGUAUGCAGAGAGUGACAGAUGUCCCCCACAAUGUCGCCCAGCAAAAGCGAUAAAAAUCAACCUUCUAAAUACAUUAUCCUUGGACCGACCUGUCUCAAAGCAAUGUUAGCGCGUUUGACAGUUCAAUCAUUGUUGGUGUUUGCAGCAGCCAUGGCGAGCAAAAGAAAUCUGUUUGCCAAAAAAGUUGUCUUUACAAGGCAAAAUAGCUAGUUCAUGUAAGUUUAAUUGUAAUAUAAUGUCCCAUUAAGUAUUUUUUAACAGGUGUGUCGCAAAUUCUAAGCGUGAUGUGAAUAACAAGACGAAAAAAGGAUCCUCGAAAUUGCUCAACAUCUAGCAAUCAACAGCACCAUGGUAUGUUGGAAAAUGUCUUUCCCGAUUGUGUUUAUUUCCUAAUUUGUUUGGGUUAUCUAUUCUAGCUUCACUGCAUUACCAAUAAAUGCAUUUAUUCUACGCUGUGCCAUUCAACUAUGGUGUAAAAUACUUCAUGAACACACGGAGGAAAUCAUCACACGAAGAAGUGCCGGUACAGAAGGAAAAAGGCCCCCGAAAGAGUGAUAAAUUAGUCGAUGAAGUGAAGAUUAUUAUUAUAAUGCGUUGUAAAUUGCUUAUUGUUACGUUAAAUGUUAAAAUAUAUCCCUUUUUUGAAACGA